AUGGAGUCAACAAUUGAGGAUGGGACGCCCCAAGGGCGAGUCCGUGAAGGGAAUCCGCUGUUAUCUUCCCGUAAAAAGGCGAAGAGUGCCGUGUUGCUUUCUAUCCAAAGCGACAUAGGCAAGGGCAUCAUAUAUAACAUCCGCUUGUCAAGGUGGUAUCUUGCUUACUGCUCGCUCAUGGCCGUCGCGACACUGUCCCUUGUCAUUUUCAUGAUCAUAGAUGUGCACUUUCGUAAGAACCCAGUACCUGUGUGGGUGUGCGCUUUGGAUGGCUUUAUAACCUUCGCUGUUUGCUUCGAGACAAUAGUGGACAUGAUCCUCCUCGGCAAGCCGUUCUGGACUAGCGGGUGGCACGUGUUUGACUUUGCAGUUUCCGUCGUUUGUUUUAUCAGCUGGUUGCUUCUCCUCUUGGAGGUGGUUGGAGUUGUUGAGUCUCUGGACGAGUUUGUGACCGUCAUUCUCCUCACCAUAAGAUACGCUGCACAGUUUGUUCGAAUCGUGCGGUACAUUCGGACAGGAGCCGAGGCACAGGAUUCGUUGAGUGCGAUGGAAGAGCACGUCAUUCGCUUCGACAGACCGGCAAGCAGAGCUGACCCAUCUCUCUCCACUGCAAUCCCAGCAGCAGGAGACAUUGACUUCUAA